AGCUGUUCAACUCACAGCUGUUGAAAAGCUCUGUGACGUAGAUGUCUGGCAAGAAACAGCAAAACAGUGAAUACCAAAACAAAAAACAGAGAUAUCCCAUCCCUCUAACUGGAAACAACACAAACAAAAUUUAGUUUCUUCACAUAGCGACAACAACUAGCCUUAGAAAAAUGUCAUCCUUUGGCCAAGAAUUUGAAAAGAUAUGGCCCACAACUGAUACUCCGCUUCGGCUCAGUAAUUUCGGUAAAAAACUGCUGAAGCUAUGCGAAGAUAUAAAGAAGCCGGAACAAAAAGAAAUUGAUAUGAAUGCAUUCAAACUGAAAUCAUCGAAUUUUCCCUUGGAGUUCGGUACUAAUACAUGCCGCAUUAUGAGUCAACCCAAGGACCGCUACCCCAACAUACAGAAACAAAUUGUCUCGGCAUAUCCCUUGGUCCACGAAAGAGUCCUACAAUUGUAUCUGGAUUUUUUGGAGCACAAGUGUCAAUACGGCAACGCCAUUGAGAAAGAAAUCUAUCAAAAUCUCACUUUAACCGGUCUAGUUCAGCGCCUUUUAAAACAGCGCUGUGCUAGUUUCUUUGGCAAAAAUGACAAGUACCUAUUGCUGACCUCCGAACGUGGAUGUAGUGGUUUUAUGGAUGUUGGCACAACAAAUGAAAAACCACCACUGCUCCUGAAGAAUGUCUUGAGCUAUGAUGAAAUCAAGCUCUCCGCCUUGCUAUCGGUAUCCUCGUAUUCGGAAUUAAUCAACAAUGGCAAUCGUCAAAAUUGUGGAGUUAUUGAAAAAAAUAAAUCCCUUAUAGAACGAGAAGGUGUUGUCAUUGGAUUAAUUGGCGCCCGAUUGACAAGAAGAGAUGUUAUGGAAUUCCAAGACAUUGUAAUUGCCAAAACCCAAAAUACCAAAGAAAAUGGCUACGGCUUCCCAUUGGACGAAGAGCCCGAUAACAGACCAAAAGAUUAUCGCCAAAUUUGGAAGAAAUUCUACGAAGAGCCUGAUUUUCUCUUCGAUGAUGUAAAAAAGGACGACAAACGAUUUGGCACAGCGAAAAAUCAAAAUGACAUUUUUGAUAAUCUGCUGAUGAAGAAACGUUACACGAUCUCGUUUGACACUUUGUUAUUGGAGAGCAAUGCCCGUGCAAAGGCAGCUGGUAAACAGGCCUAUGUUCAUGUUGUGGGCAUUGGUUUAGGUGUGUGGAAGGCUGCCGAACAUCAGGAAAAGAUCUUUUUGGAAACAUUCAGUCAACGUAUAAAAUAUCUUCUGCCGAAAUUGGAAAACAUUGAUGUGUUACAUUUCUCCUGGUUCCAUUUGAGUGAAUGGGGUGAUCUGAAGAAUGGUAAAGUUUUUAAAUCGGACACCCAUCCUUCGGGAGGUAUAAAAUGUUUCAUAUCGAAAAGAAAUCCAGCCGACAAACUUAGUACCCCAGAGACGGAAAAUAUGCUUUUAAUUAUUUCCUAUGCCUGGGAUGGCAAUGCCUUGCCUGGCAAUGAAUUUUGGAUGAAAAUGUUAAAAUCUACUGGCGAUUCUUCUACAGCCUGCAGUACCCUAAUAGCAGAGCUGCAUAAUCCUCACAUAAAUUCGGAAUGGGUAAAUGGUGAUAAUUUGCAUGUGGCCAGUGAGGAAUAUGGAAUCAUACAUAUUGCCGAUUAUGCGAAGAAGAAACUACAGGAUUAGAUAUGCAAUAAAUGUGUGUGCAUGACCCCAGACCCACCUGUGCAAUGGACAAUGUUUGUUAUAUGUUAAAGACGUGCAAUAUAUACAAAAAUAUUUUUAUUUUAUUAAUAAUUUUUUAUUUUAUUAAUAAAUUUAUGUAAAUAAACAUAUUGAUGAUAUUUUAAGCAGA